AUGCCGAAUGAAUUUGUUGAGCCUUUAGACCUAGCAAAGAGGUUGAGAGCGCAAGUGUGUACACCUGAAGAUAUACUUAGAAAAGUUGAGUACUUGAAGACACCUAUAUGUAUAAACAGAAGCGAUGUUAGAGAAGUACAGCGAUUGUCAAAUUAUUUAUAUCUUGUUUCUACUAGUAAUAAAAUACUUGUGUCUCUGGUAUUUAACACAGACAUAACUGAUCAGUUUAUGAAAUUUAAAACGAUCGUUGCUCACAAGACUUAUGAAGGAGUGUAUUAUCACGUGAAUGUUUAUUUCUGA